UGUUUGUAGCUCAUGUAUCUUAAUGUGAAAUGCGAUCGGGUCCUCAGGUGAGGUUUGUCAUGGGAGACGACACCACUCUGGGCGACCUGCUGGAGUUACAGCUUCACCACGUGGAGGAUGAGGUCAAAAACAUAGUAGACAAAGCCGUGAAAGAAAUGGCCAUUGAGAAGGUUUUGGCAGAGAUAACCCAAACCUGGAGUGUGAUGUCGCUUUCAUAUGAGACUCACAGCAGCACUGGAAUCCCACUGCUGAAACCAGAUGAAACUCUAAUUGAGACACUGGAGGACAAUCAGCUGCAGCUGCAGAACAUCCUGAUGAGCAAGUACGUGGAAUUUUUCCAGGCAGAAGUUAGUGGAUGGCAGCGGAAGCUGAUGCUGGCUGAUUUGGUCAUCGCAUCCUGGAUGUCUGUCCAGAGGAACUGGGCUCACCUUAACAGUAUCUUCACAAACAGCCAUGACAUCCGUUCCCAGCUGGCGCACGACGCUGAGCAAUUCCAAGGAAUUCACUCUGACUUCCAGGUACACAUCAUUCUGUGGUUUUUUAUGGACCUGUAA